UCCGUCAGCAGGUAUUAAACUGGCGCCCCGGCGGAGCCCUCAGCCCGCUGAGAGAGACGCACAGAGGAGCGAAGAAGGAGCGCCUGGCGCAAACUGCAGGUGUCCAGGUUUAAAGAUCAAUAAGGGCUGCGCAGCUUGGGAUCUAGAGGAUUUAUUUUAACCGCAUUACAGUGGCAGUGGAGGACGGAGGUGUGACGGGGAACCAUGCUGUCUCUGAGCCCAUUGGGCCAGGAGGAGGAAGCGGUGGUGGCGGCCGCAGCCCAGGCUGAGGAGCGGGACUCCGGGUCCUGCAGCUUCAGUGGCCUGGAUGACAGUCUGACGAGCCUGCAGUGGCUGCAGGAGUUCUCCAUCCUCAGCGCGCAGGUGCCGCAGCACGUCCACCAGCAGCCGCAGCUGCUCGGCCAGCAGUUGGGGCCCGACGGCCCGGCCUCCCCUCUGGCUGCGGACCCCGCCUCCUCCAUCGGGACGCCCUUGACACCGGGAAGGCCCACGGCGGCGGCUUACAGCAGGAUGCAGACCCUGCCAGGCAUCGUGGCGCACGGCCACUGCCCGGACGAGGUGGACUACAAGACCAACGCGCACAUCAAGCCCCCCUACUCUUACGCCACGUUGAUCUGCAUGGCCAUGCAGGCCAGCAAGAAGAGCAAGAUCACCCUGUCGUACAUCUACCAGUGGAUCACUGACAACUUCUGCUACUACAGACAUGCUGAUCCCACCUGGCAGAACUCCAUCCGGCACAACUUGUCGCUCAAUAAGUGCUUCAUCAAGGUGCCGCGGAAUAAGGACGAGCCAGGAAAGGGGGGUUUCUGGAAGAUUGACCCGCAGUACGCUGAGCGCCUCCUGAGCGGGGCCUACAAGAAGCGACGGAUGCCUCCAGUCCAGAUCAACCCGGCACUACAGAACCGGCUCAGAUUCAACCUGCCAACACAGUCCACAGGGAGGCCUGUUGGCCUUAAUGUCUCCUCGGAGUCCCAGCGGCUCCUCAGGGAGUUUGAAGAGGUAACCGAGGACCACCAGAAUAGGGACCCCCAUCUGUGUGAGGGUACCAUGCUGUGUUCUUGGCCCAUGGUCAGGGAAAGAAAUGGCUACAAGAGGAAACAGGCAGUGGGAUCCAGGAACAGUAUCUCCAAGAUGACCCGGCGUUCCAGCUCUCCUCUGUUCUGUGCAGAGGAACAGAGGGAGGCUGGACCCCUGAAAGGACCCUUCGACUGGGAUGCCCUGGUGGACUCGGCCCUCAGAGGGGAGCUCAGUUUGGAUGGAGAAGACCCUCUGAGCCCCAUAAUGAAGGACGUUGACCUGACAGGGAGGGGUGCCCACAUCUCAGCGGCCGAUGCUCCUGCGGGGACUCCUGAUCUGAGGAGCAGCGAUGUUUCUGACUUUGACGAGGAGACCUUUCUGGCCACAGCCUUCCUGGAGACCCCCUGGCCAGAGGACGAGGAUCCUGGCCGCGGUGAGUUCCUGACUAGCUCCACCGUCAACCUGGACCAGCUGUUUGACCUCGGAGACUCAUUAAACGUGGAUGCUAGUAGCCGGAUGGAGCCCCUCCUUUGAGGGAUAACUCAGGUUCUGUUGGAGACUUAAACCCCUCCAACGCUGCAGGGAAGCUGCUUUUUUUACACUCCUGCAACCUUUAUUGUUUUUUUCAACAUGUGUAGUACGCCGCGAUGUUUGAUGGAGACACAUUCUCAAAGCCUACUUAACAAAGAUGCCACAAGGAAAAGCAGGAAAGGACAUUACUGAGGAGAAAUUACAAGAAAUCAGUUUUUAAUUUUCAUAAAUAGAGACAGAAGUUUGAAAAUAAAAACUACAAGAAAAGAAAAUGGACAAGAUUUAUUUGUAGUAAAUUUGUAGUAAACUAAGUAUUAUUUGUACUCGCAGGUCUUGUUAUUGUUGAAUCUAGGCGUCGAUGUGCAAGUUCACAUUCAACUAGAACUAAGCUCAGUUCACAGAGACUGAAAAUAAAUUGGUUAAUGUUCACAGUUCACUCCUUUAAAAUGCUGAGCUAAAUUUAAACAACCAACAUGAACUAGUUCUCAUGCAUUUUGAUUAUGGACAAGUUGUUGGAUCACAUGAUUACUGGUGAAACAAGAACAGGUCUUCUACCCUCAA